AUGACAUUGUUGAGCAACAGCAGCCAAGCGGCAUCUGGACACCAGCUUUCUGUGGACCUGAUUAUGUUGAGAGACAAACGCAGCAUGAUGAAUCGUCGAGGUACUGGGUACCGUCAUCGUGUAUGCCAAUGGCCAGUUUCACAGCUGACGGGAAAACGUCACAAACUGGUCAUGCCACCCGAGUCUUCUGAUAAGAAGUUUGCUCUUCUUGUGGGAGAUUCCCAUCUACGAGCCAUAGCCGAUGGUUUUGUAAAGAUGCCAGAGGGAGAUCUCUCCUUUGGCAUUAUGUCUACUCCGGGUGCUACUGCGAUGGAAGAGAAGAUGGAGCUUGCUAACGUGAAGUUGCCCCAAGUGCCUGAUGUGGUGUGUGUCCUUGCUCCCAGCAACGAUCUGACACAGACCAAGAGUCAUGAAAGAGCUGGUGUUGGAUUUAGGAAACUCUUGGCUGUUGCGCUUAGUCAGUGCUCCAAUGUUGUAGUUGUGGAUUUUCCUCCACGUUACAACAUGGAGAUGUAUCCUCAGGAGAUGCUGCGUCUGGAGUACAGACGUGUUGCUGCUGAAGUGGGAAUAAAGUAUCUGUCUGCAGUGGAGCAUUUCUCCUUGGAUAAAUCUGAACUGUGGGCCCAAGAUGGUGUAAGUUGUUAG